UCGCCUUCCUCCUCCUCCUCCUCCUCCUCCAUAAAUACACUUCACUACUCUCUUCUUUUUCCUCUGCAGUUUCUCUAGCAAUUUUAAGGCUUGAUAAAAAUGUCGACAAUGGCCUCCACCUUCACCUCCAAACCCCAAAGACUCGCUCUUUUUGACAACUCCGCCUCCUCCUUCCAUGGCACCCAUCUGGCCCCACCCUCCAUCCGCUUCCAGCCCGUCAAGGCUGGAUCUCAACCCUCGAUCUCCAUGUCCGCCUCUUCAUCUCCGCCGUACGAUCUGAAGGCGUUCACGUUUGAUCCCAUCAAGGAGUCCAUCGUUUCCCGCGAGAUGACCCGGCGGUACAUGAUGGAUAUGAUCACGUACGCCGACACCGACGUGGUGGUGGUGGGCGCGGGCUCCGCGGGGCUCUCGUGCGCCUACGAGCUCAGUAAGAACCCGUCCGUGCAGAUCGCCAUCAUCGAGCAGUCUGUCAGCCCCGGUGGCGGCGCAUGGCUCGGCGGCCAGCUCUUCUCGGCUAUGGUUGUGCGCAAACCAGCGCAUCUCUUCCUUGACGAGCUGGGCAUCGAGUACGAUGAGCAAGACAACUAUGUGGUGAUCAAGCACGCCGCUCUCUUCACCUCCACCAUCAUGAGCAAGCUCUUGGCUCGCCCCAACGUGAAGCUCUUCAAUGCGGUGGCGGCGGAGGACUUGAUCGUUAAAGGAGGGAGAGUUGGUGGGGUGGUCACCAACUGGGCCCUGGUGUCCAUGAACCACGACACACAGUCGUGCAUGGACCCCAAUGUCAUGGAGGCUAAAGUGGUGGUGAGCUCCUGCGGCCACGACGGGCCGUUUGGGGCCACCGGGGUCAAACGGCUCAGGAGUAUCGGCAUGAUUGACACCGUGCCGGGGAUGAAGGCGCUCGACAUGAAUGUGGCGGAGGAUGCCAUUGUGAGGCUCACCAGGGAGAUUGUGCCUGGGAUGAUUGUGACGGGGAUGGAGGUUGCUGAGAUCGAUGGAGCCCCAAGAAUGGGGCCAACAUUUGGAGCGAUGAUGAUUUCAGGACAGAAGGCAGCUCACUUGGCCUUGAAGGCACUGGGACUUCCCAAUGCUCUUGAUGGGUCAUAUGUUGGAGGCAUCCACCCGGAGCUGAUCCUUGCAGCUGCAGAUUCUGCUGAAAUUGCAGACGCUUGAUGUUAUUAUGUGUUAAAGAGUUUUGUUAAUAAUUUUUGUUAGCUUUUUAUUUAUGACUCUUUGAACGUGGAAGUGGUAAUUCUAGAAUUUGCCCAUGAGCUUUUCUUAUCA